AUGACCUCCAGUUCCAGAACCAGCAACUGUGACGGUCCAGCCUUAAUACACCACCGUUGUGAGUGGGAGGAAGCCAGGAGAAAGGGAAGGUGGCGGCGGCUGCUCGGAGAAGAGGCGACGAGAAGAGGGUCGUCGGUGCACGGUCGAGAGGGAUUCCCAGGGACCCAGAUCGUUGGAGGCAGUGAUGCCCCUAUUGGAAAAUUCCCCUAUCAAGUCUCUCUUCAAUACAACGGCCACCACUUCUGUGGUGGAUCCAUCAUCAGCAAACGCCACAUCCUUACUGCUGCCCAUUGCAUGAAAGCAGUACCAGAUAUCCGAAAAAUUACUGUUCACGUUGGAAUAAACCUUCUGAGCCAAUCCGGUGCUGUUUACAAUGUCGAAAGUGCCACACUCCAUCCCAACUUCAGCCUGCAUUCGGAUGAUAACGAUGUUGCUGUGAUCCGCGUCAACAAGAAUAUUGCCUUCAAUGCUAAAGUUAAAGCUAUCCCACUCGCCACCGGAAAUGUCCCUGAUGGAUCAUCCUGCGUUCUAUCUGGAUGGGGAACCAAGGCCGGUGGAUCUAUCCCCAACAAAUUGCAGUACGCUAACUUCCAUAUCGAACCUCUGUCUAAAUGCCAACAAGCAUGGAGAGGUAUUGCCGAUGUUCAAAGCACUCAUGUCUGCACGAUCGCCAAAGUCGGACAGGGUGUGUGCAACGGUGACAAUGGUGGCCCCCUCGUUGCCAAUGGCCAACAAAUCGGUAUUGUAUGCUUCGCACACCCAUGCGGCGUUGGAAGCCCUGAUGUGUACACCAGAGUAUCAUCCUUCUCGUCCUGGAUCAAAGAACAACAAUCUCUCAUUCAGAAUGAAGAGGAAUCUGACGUGGACGUGGUCGAAGAACCAUCACAGUAA